UAAUCCAGACCGAGCAGAUCGCUCUUCCUGCGGCGUGACAGCAGCAGCAGCAGCGGCGGAGGCACUGGAGCAUUGUGUGUCUUUAAUAUUCAUUUGAUUCUUUCUUCUCACACUGAGUUAUUAAUACAUCAUCAUCGGAUUUCCCUCUCUCUGGACGGACUGCAGGACGGAGAGGCUUCUUGACAAUGGCCAACAGGGAUGAUGAAUACGAUUUUUUGUUCAAAGUUGUUCUCAUCGGAGAUUCGGGCGUGGGGAAGAGUAACCUGCUGUCACGCUUCACAAGGAAUGAGUUUAAUCUGGAGAGCAAGAGCACGAUCGGAGUGGAGUUCGCCACCAGGAGCAUCCAGGUGGACGGCAAGACCAUAAAAGCUCAGAUCUGGGAUACGGCUGGACAGGAGCGGUACAGGGCCAUCACUUCUGCGUAUUAUCGUGGCGCGGUCGGCGCGCUGCUCGUGUACGACAUCGCCAAACAUCUGACCUAUGAGAACGUGGAGCGCUGGCUGAAAGAGCUGCGAGAUCACGCCGACAACAACAUCGUCAUCAUGCUGGUGGGGAAUAAGAGCGACCUGCGGCACCUGAGAGCCGUUCCCACCGACGAGGCGCGCGCUUUCGCAGAGAAAAAUAACCUGUCAUUCAUCGAGACGUCCGCUCUGGACUCGACUAACGUGGAGGAGGCCUUCAAGAACAUCCUGACAGAAAUUUAUCGCAUUGUAUCACAGAAGCAAAUCGCUGACCGAUCGGCUCAUGACGAGUCGCCAGGAAACAACGUAGUGGACAUCAGUGUCCCGCCGACGACAGACGGACAGAAGGGCAUCAAACUGCAGUGCUGCCAAAACCUGUAACCAUGACCCCAGCCCUCAGCUGUCACGCCACUAAUGUUCUCACUUUUAUUUGUGUAAUAUAUUUUUUCUUUUGAUAGCUUGUGCUCUAAAAUACUGCCACGAGUAAACUUUUACAGUAUCUGA